GUCGUGAAGCGGUAAACUACGCAGCGAGUUUUGACCUCGCGUUCUGCCUAAAUGGUUCAUUUUACCGUCACUAAAAUGUACACAACACAUUUCAACAGAUGCCCUUUGUUGACGUGGAUCUAUUUCACAUAGAGAACAUAUAAAAAAACUGAGUUUUUACUGACGUCUGUAUUCACGUGUAGCACGCGGGGUCACCGGCUCUUUGUAGGCGUUCAGACGGUUCAUCUGCUUUCAGACACCGUAACACAUUUAACGACUGAACCGAGGACAGACGGCGGUUAACGGCGGACUGGGUGCGCAGAUAAGUAGCGGAAGGACGGAGGCUGAGAGGUGGACAUGAACCCAGCGAAGCGGCUCCGCACUACAGAAAAUGAAAGAAAGGAAGGAUGGCAGGAGGAGGAGGAGGAGGAGGAGGAGAGGACUGCAGUGGAUGUGAGUAUUAUCAUGCCAGUGUACAACGCAUCCUGUUGGCUGGAUGAAUGUCUGCAGGCCAUAUUACACCAAGACUUCACUGGAACCAUGGAGCUCUCGGUCUUUGAUGAUGCAAGCACCGAUGACUCGAGGAAGGUGGUGCAGGGCUGGAGGGAGAGGCUGGAGGCGAGGGGCAUGUCAGUGGUGAUCUCCGGCCACAACUCUGCACAACCCCAAGGAGUUGGAUAUGCAAAGAAUAAAGCAAUAUCUCAGAGUUGUGGACAAUACUUGUGCUUUCAGGAUGCGGAUGACGUUAUGUUGCCUGAAAGAGUUGGUCUGCAGUAUGAGGAGUCUCUCCUCCACCCAAACUCUCUGAUUGGCUGUAAAGUUCAGAGGGUUCCCGAGGGAUCUACCGAGCGUUACACUCGCUGGAUCAACACAGUCACUCAGGAUCAGCUCAUCACACAGGGAAACUAUUUGGAAGCUGCGAGUGGACUUCCUGCAGGAGAGAGUUCUCAGCCAAUGGGAGAGCUUCACCAUAUGGAACGCUGGGAAACAGGGCAGGAAGCUGUACCGCUACCUCAGCCCGACCAAUCAGAGGAAGGUGAAGGCUUUCUGUGAUGUCGAUGAGAACAAGAUCCAGAAAGGCUUUUACACAUAUGAGGAAUCUGAGCAAAGACCUAAGCCAAAAAUCCCAGUUGUACACUACAAAGACGCCUCCGCCCCUUUCAUUAUCUGUGUUAAACUGGACAUGACUGGAGGCAUUCUGGAGGAAAACCUCAACUCUUUGCAGCUAAAGGAAGGAAUAGAUUACUACCAUUUCAACUGACUGCUCAGAGCAAUGGAGAAGACAAGAGGAACCCUGCAGCUAAGAGGAAUGCAGGGGACUGCGCGAUAGGCAGGUGAUAACAGGAAGAGUGACCUGAAACUGGGACAGAGAUAAUACCACAGCCAAGGAAAGAGGAGGUUAUGAUGUCUUUUUAAGUGUUAAAAGAAGCCUUUUAUGUGUGGGAAAGAAUGUGAACGUUUUCAAGUUUUACUUGGCAAAGUUGAUGAAACGUCUGAUAAAGGCACAACAGCUCAUCCUACAGCACUGUGGUUCAAUACCACUCUCAUAUCUAUCCAUUGGAUAUAAAGCUACAGCCACAAGACAUUAGCCUAGCUUAGCACAGAGACUGGAAACGGGGGAAAACAUCUAGCCUGGCUCUGUCUAAAGGUAACUAAAUGCACCUAGCAGCACCUCUAAAGCUCACUAAUUAACACGUUAUAUAAUGUUUGUUCAAUACAAUGACAAUUUGCCAUUUUAUUUUAAACACACCAUGAAAGCGUCCUAUAAAUGCUGACCACCUACCUAUAACGAACCAGAGACACUUCAUCAUGAACCCAACAUCAAUAAAAAGGGAGAAAUAAAACUGGUAUGUGUCAAUAGGUCUACCACAGCUGAUAAAUUAAAUGACCGUUUGUGGGCAAGUGCUGAUUUGUACUGUCAAGAAAACCUCUUGGAAAAUGAUUUCUUAAAAAGACUGGGAACCAUGAUUGAUGUUUAGGGUAAUAGAAGUAACCAUAAUCUGACCUAGAGGGUAUUGACACUCACGUUACUCUUCAGAUGACAGCUAUUUAUCAUGCAAGAGGACAUGGUGAUUGCCAGUGUAGACCAUUGGAGUAACUAAAAGUUAUUGUCUUUUCUAAUCCCAUGUGGACUGGUAUUUUCCAACCUAAAUAUUUUAACCUGUGUUGGUUAAGUCAAAGGAGUCAGCACAUCAUCACAUCACAGAAGGUUUAACUUAUAAAGGGUGGGAUGUUUUAUGGCCAGCAUCGUAAGCUGAUUUCCUAACAGUCUCUCUGGUGCAACCAUGCAAAAUCAGAUACACGCACACAUCUGCUACAAAUGUACAAACAUUGAUACUGCAUGUAUUUGUUUUUCUUUCCCUGGGUCUCUUAUGAAAUCUAAAGAACAAUAACCUCUUUAAAGGAGCACAGUUCUGAUACAUAAACACACACACAAAGUUUAUUUUACCUCACAGACUGUGGAGUUUUUCUGCCCAAAGGUAAACAGACCUUUCUCCACAAAAUCUCCCCUGGUGUUUCCUGGGUCGGCGACGUGGUCUGCCUUACUGUAAAUCUGCCCACAGCAGUUUGCAGGGAAGCAGCAUUGGCGAUAAAAGAAGAACUGGAAUGGGGUAUUCAAUUCUGCCACAUUUUAUUUUCUCUAGCUUUGUUUGUUAUUAUAGACUGAACAUACAGUUGCACAGUGGUGUGAAUGCACAGAAUCACUGUACCGUAUUAAAGGUUCGGCUUUAAUUCAUUAUGUUUAUAAAUGGCUGUUUGGGCCUGAUUCAGCCUUAGGUUUGAGUUGAAAACCCCAGGUCUCUGCCACCCACAGUACAGUGCUGUGUAGAGGCUGAGAAAAAUAUCACAUCCACUUAGCACUCACUCUCCAUCUAGACCCCUCUUCCCCCUCUGUGUUUAUACACACAGACACUUAAACAGGAAGGUAUCCUCGUCAGAAACGGGACUCUUUACAAAAGGGCUACAGCUAAUGGUUAUGUUCUUGAUUCUUGAUUCAUUGAUUCAUUGUUUUAUCUCUAAAAAGGCAGACAAUAGUACAAAAUCCUCAUUGCAUUAUACCCAAGGUUACAUACUCAAAUAACUUGUUUGGUCUUACCAACAAUCUAAAACCCCAAAGAUAUUCAGUUUAAUAUCACAUAAUACAAAGAAAAGCAGGAAAUUGUGCAUUAUUAAGAAAUGGAAAAAUUCAAUAAUUAAAAUAAUUGCUAAUCAAUCAAUUUAUCUUUAGGCUUUUUUGGACACACAUCUGUAUUAAUCUGUAAAUUACGUGUUGUUUGUUUGUUUGUUUAUUUUUAUCAUUGCUUAGCGUAGGCUAUCAAUGGCAGCAGCAUGGUAUGGCAGUGUGUUCAAUGGAAUGCAGAUUAAUGCUGUACAGACAUUUGUUGUCCCCAGGAGAUGAAAUCAGUGACUUUGGUGAUCCCAGCUUUUCCUCCUCUGCUGACAUCAGGUUAUAUUUGAAUUUUGAAUUGAAUUAGUCGAAUAGCCUCACUUCGUUUAUGACCCAGUAUAUGCUAAACUAAUGACAUUCCCAUCAGCCUCAGCUGUAGCAAAUGUUAGCAUGCUAACACGCUGAAUCAAGAGGGUGAAGAUGAUCAACAUUACACCUGCUAAACAUCAGCAUGUUAAAGUUGUCAUUGUGAGCAUUUAACACAAAGCACUGUUGUGCCUAAGUACAUAUUUUGGGGGCUUUUUUGAUCCCUCAUCACAUGUUUUUAUUGGACACACGCUGAAGAUAUUUAUCACCUCUGCUCACCAUUUCUGCUGCUAAAUCUUUGAGUGAAACAGCAGGCUUGAAAGUUCAUAUGUAAAGUGUAUGCAGUCAUUGAGCUAUAAGGUGCUUUGGAUACAUGUCCACCAAAUGGAGACCAUAAGAAACAAACCAAAGCGAUUUGUUUAAGAAAGACCACGCUCUGUAUAAAUAUCUUCUGUCUCCUUUACCCACUCUGCCGUCCUGAUAAAGCACUUGGUAGACGAUCUGAGUGAGUUCUAAUGGAGAAUCUAUGAAAGAGACUUCAGAAAGAGAGUAAACAGAGCUUUACUCAGUGUUUACACUCUGUCUCUCGCUAGACAGCAGACCUGAUAACACACACACACACACAAUGAAUGACCCUGACCCUGGAGCCUGCUUGCCCUCGCUAGUCAAAUAAACCUGUGUAGAAACUAAAUGCACACACAUACACACACAUGCAUUUACAAGACAGCUGAUAAGAGAAAGAGAUAUGAGUCGGGUGUGUUUGGGUGAAGAGAGCUGACAGAGGUCACUGAAGGCUUUUUCAUUUACCUUCCAGGUGACCACAUUCCUUUGUUUCACCAUCUCUCUCUUUGUAGAAGUGUGUGUGUGUGUCGCUGAAGGAAACGCUAUCUGCCAAAUGCCAAAGUACUUAACUAGGCCUAGAUAUUAUAUUAAAGGACAGAAUCUUACUUCUUGCCUUCCGUAACAUAGAAACAAUCGCUAUGCCAAACAAAUGUAUAAUCGUUCUGUAAGAACAGCAUGAAAUGUAAAAGAGAGAAAGUCAACCAGGCUGCUUAAGCUGACGCUAUAUUGAGUGAAAGUUAGCUAGUUUUAUAGCUACAGGCUAUAGAAGGCUAUACAGGCUAAAAUAACUUAUUAUUAUCUUUAAUAAUUAAUUUAACUUACUAUCCUCUAGCCGUAAUCUGUAAGUAAUAAAUAUCCAUUUGAUCUGUUGAUGAGCCAGCAUCUUGGUAUUUCAGAUUGUUAUCAGUUAAAGUGUUAAAGUAGUCUGGCAGAUAGACACUAGCACACAAACUAGUUCAAACAGACAAGAAAACUCAAAGAACACAUUUUGUUUGUAGAUACUGUAUUUCCCAUUGAACACCAUCCAAAAGCAGUAGUGCAGUAUCUCCUUUUUUUAUGUAGAUUUAGCAGUUAAGAAACACCAAGUGAAGGUAUUACACUGUUAUCCGGUCAGCCUGAAAACCAGUUUUCUCAGUUGUCACCACUUUUCGCUGCUUCUGUAGUUCACUGCUCCGAGCUGAAUAUGUUAUGUUCUUCCUCCUCCUUCAACAACUACUGUCUAAGCUGCCCUCGAGCAAGGCACUUAACCUCCCAGCAGACCCCGCUGCUGGGAGCUGCUCUGUCGGCCGCCCCGUGGGUAAAUAAAGCUUUUAAAAAAGAGAGAGGAGUGUGCUGUCUGCGAGUAGUGAGGAAAUAAAGGUCAUGAAGACUGAAAUCAGAGACAGAGGAAUGUGUGUGUGUGGCUCCAUGAGGAAGCAGUGCGUGGACAGACGGAGCGUUCCUCCUGUCAGGCCGCUUGAAAAGAGCCAGGUGACGGCAGGGGGGAUGAGGGGAGCAGGUCAGAGGCUCUGCUGCUCUGUAAAUACUUCACAUGGUGAAGGAGCACAUGAGGUCAAACGGCACAUCAGCAGCUUACACUUCCUCUGCUGCGCUGACAGGAUUAGACCCGCUCUGCAGCCUCCAGAUCUUUGGCCUUCAAUUAUGUUAAUGGUGAAAUUACAUCUUUUUCAAAAAUCCAGGCACUGGAGGGGGAAUGUGUUGAUGGUACAGAUGUGUUGUGCUUUAUGCAGAGAGAGAGAGAGAGAGAGAGGAAGUGUAGAAUAUCACCCUUCCUGUCGGGUCAUUCAGUAAGGGGUUUUUUAGAACACCCGGACUUACACCACUUUCUUAUAAGUUAAAUAAAGGGUUUAUUGUAACAAAUGUUACAAAACACAUUUGGGGUUGCCAGGUUGUGACAAUCCCCUUUUGCUGGUGUUCAGCCUUUAUUUUGGUAGUGAUGCAGUUAUAAAAUUAAAAAAUGCUUAAUAAGUUGUUAAGUCUUUUCCUCCUUACUGGCUAAUAAGUGAUCUAUAAAGUACCAGCCAAUGAUUAUUAUUAACCAUGAUUAAAGCCAUUAGUUACUUAUAAACUCUUUAUAAAUGGUCCAUUUAUUCAGUUCGGUUUGUUCGUGUCAUUUGGCUUUUACACACAGUAUCAUCAAUAACAAACAAACAAAAGGGAAGUGGAAAAUGAAUAUCAUUAGAUUUAUAUCUUUAAAAUGUAACUAAUAUAAAAUCUCCCUGAAUGAGUUUUGCUGCUGACAGGCUAUCCCAUCACAGCUAGAGGCUUAGCAUAACAGCACUGGAAUGGGAGGUGUGUGUGUGUGUGUGAGGAUCUUGUGUGUGUGUGUGUGUGUGUGUGUGAUUAUCUGGUGUGGGGGGGUGUAGCAGAGUCUGUGUUUCGGUAUUUCUCGAAAUGCGUUACAUACUCUGGCUGUGUGGGGGAAUGUGACGACUCAGUAACAUGCUUGCUGUUCCGACUGUUUUCUCACGGGAAAACCGCCCGAGAACCAAACAGGCGUUUAGAGCACAAGUGUGACUUUUUUUUCUUUUUGUGUUGUUGUGUCAAGGUCUUUUUCUUUCUCCAAGCAGGUUGUCUGCUGGAGCAACACUGGAAACGAUACAGGAAUAUUAGUUCUAACAUUAAAAUGUGCUUGAACAGCUAAGGUCACGCUUAAACUCCACCGAGGGUUGUGUAGAGAGAAUCGGUGGAUGUUUGAGCGAGCUGUAGAAAUCGUAGAUGCUGCUGUUCCAGACCUGCAUGCGGCUCCCAUUUUCACUGCGAUAAUAUGAUCCAUCUGUUUGUAAAGCCAACGCACAACACACUCACACGGGCCUGUAGCCAACUGUCUCUGGCAGUGUAAGCCUGACAUACGAAAAGAGCUGGUAAGUAGAAUAGAGGUUAUUUAAGAACGCAAAUAAGUACAAAAUAAUAAGUACAAAUACAAAGUUAUGAUAAAAGCUUGGCUGGGGUUAUUUUGCGGGCGUUUACGGAUUUUUUUGCGGUUUUAUGUGCUCAUUGUUGUCAAGUUGCUGAUGUUUGUGGAACAAGUUUGAUUUAUUGUGUAUCUUUUACUUGUUAACUUUUGAAAACAUCACGCUAUUGACUCUUUAGCAGUGUCGCGUGCUUGUAUCUGACGCUGGGAGCUCGAGGGCUU